AUGGACUCCGAGGAAUAUUUCCUUAUCCGGGGAAUCCGACACAACGGAAGCUUCGCUAAAUCACCCAAAGUCACCAAACUUUGCUCAGAAAAACAAAGGGAUCGUUUAGCUCGGGCCCGUAACGCUCGCCUGAUUAUGAGUAACACAAUACCAGACAUUUCUUCCGAGGCAGUGAAGCCUUAUUGUAUAUGGUACCCCGACACCGCCACAGAAGAAACAUACCGGGCACUAGCCUCUCGGUAUCCCGACAUGCGAUAUCACGUUGGACGAGCAUGUGCCGUUGCGGGAUAUAAAACACUGUAUGACGAACUCGACUUAUUGCCAGAUGUUUCCAUUGCGGAAGAAGCUCGAGAUAAUGGCCACGAUGACAUAUUUGAAACAAUCACCAGUCAACCUGCCAGGUAUGCUGUCAUGAAUGACUACACCCGAACGGUCAACCUCGAAUCCCCUACUGUUGUGGUCGGACUCAACGGCGAUACCGCCGUCCGAUCUUCGCUACAAAAUGGUCCUCCCUAUUCUAGCGGCUUUCCGAUCUCCUACUUUAAUGAGGACCUGCCAUAUUCCUAUCCCGACGCCUAUUUCGAUAUACAAGAAGACUUGCAUGUUGGCCAUACUGGGUGGCCCAGGCCUGACGGGGCGGCAUUAGAAAGUCAGUAUGCUUACUUGGCGCACACACCACUGCCUCGGGAUUUGCCUCCUAUCAACAAAGACGUUUUGAUUCUUUUGGCGGCUUGGGAUGGCAAUUUUGAGCGCUAUUCCCGCCUACGGCGACCGGUGCUCAUACGCAACGAGCUAACGGCUGUUAUUCGCGGUGCCUACCACCAUACCCCCUUUGCCAGAUGGCUAGAGACGUGUGCCGAUGAAAUCUUUCCAGGCUUCUGCGAGGACAUCAUGCAGGCUGUUCAUGCACGGUUUAUCAUGAACAACGACCUCUCUCGGAUUGAUAGUGAUACCGAUGGUGAUACCCUUCCAUCCUUUUUCUGGUGGCCUCAUUGUCCGCAGGAGAGGACUUUGCGAGAGCUGGCAUGGCGACGUACAGAUCUCAAGCACCAAGUCACUCUCGCCUGCAUAGUUGGGAACUUUUAUAAACUUUUCGACGAAUUGCUAGCCACAAUGAAGCCCACUCAACUGCAAUGGGAACUUGCGAUCCAGUCCCCCAUCAGCUAUUUCCGAAAGCAACUAAUGAGACGCGCCGAGCAAGAGGGGGACGUUGAGUUCGAGGGCGACGAGAGUGACCUGAAAGGCUACUGGGAGAAUCCGUGGCCAUCUGAAGACGCAUGGAGCAGGAAGUAUCUGCGACCGGAUAAGGAGAUGUAUGUUGAUGGUGGCACGUACGAUAUUUCGAAAGCGGACAUUUCGAACGAGCUCGGCAACUACCAUGUUGACGAUCGUGACUAUGUCUGUUUUUCACCGCCGCCAGAUCACGAUCUUUUGAGUAAAGGUAUGCACCGGCAGAUCUCCAGAUGGCAUCGUAUCAUCAGUACCACAGAUAAGACAAGGCAGGAGGCGGCGAAGAAUGAGAGGCCUUCCGUUGUGUACCCAUACUUUGGUAAACCGGAUCGCUACAAGACCCCAGCGCCCGAACCCAAAUAUCCGAAGGACUUUACAUAUGAAGAGGAGGAAGAGGACUAG